GUACGAGACUCGGCGCCGCCGUUCAGAGUCUUGGAAAAAUGUCAGGAAUUAUGUCUGCGCGAUAGGACGGCGACGAAUAAUCUCGUUCGUGCUUGCACGAGCUUCGAUUUUCAACCCGGGAGCAGAAUAGCUUCUUUCAGCGGGGCCGCCGAGUACGAAGAAAGUACUUGCUAUUUAACGAGGGAACAGGCUCAACCGGAAGGCAUUGGGAACUUGAUGCUGGUACCGAACAGCGUUCACUUCACCGAAGUUUGUCUUGGCUCUGACAGGAUAGAACGAGAAUGCCCUAAUCGGCGUUAUGUGUUCGAGAGACACCCGAGGAAGAAGUUGAAGCUACCACUGACAGACAUCAAAGAAGUAAGCGCGGCGAAUAGAACAGACUGCGAGGACAGAACAGACCAAUACUUGGAUGGAGACAGAGAUGGUCCAAGCUACAGACCAGAUCCUUUGGGACAAGAUACGAAUUUCGGACGACCUUCCUUAGGCAGACCUGGCUACCCAGAGGACUACGAUAAAGGGUACAGUAGUAGCGUGAAGCCAGAUCGCUAUCCCGAUCGGUAUCCCGACCGUCACCCAGAUCGUUACCCAGACAGACAUCCAGAUAACCGUUAUCCAGAUCAUUAUCCCGAUCGAUAUCCCGAUCGAUACCCUGACAAAUACCCAGAUCGAUAUCCGAGUAAAUACCCUGACAGAUAUCCAGAUCGUUACCCAGAUAAAUAUCCAGAUCGAUAUCCAGAUAAAUAUCCAGAUCGAUAUCCUGAUAAAUAUCCAGAUCGAUAUCUUUUAUUCUUGACUUUUGCCAAGAAUAAUAAAAUUGCCUCCCAGAUUCAAUUUUCAAUUUUCCCAGCAGUGUCCGAAUACUUUCUUACAUCUAGCGAACACGUUUUUGUCCUAAGAUCGAUUAUCACCUCGCAACAGUUUACCAAUACCCACUUACGAAGCGUAGAUCCGUCCAUAGCACGUGGCUCCGAGUACCCGGAGAGCAGCUCGACGUCGCACCUCUUCUCCGACGGGCGACGGCCCGACACGGCGUUUCAACGUUAUCGGAACUCCCGUUUGAGCGGCGAAUUUCACUCGGAGAUAACCGGGCGAAGCCUCAGCGAAUGCCUCGACGAGUGUCUUCGACAGACGAGCUUUCAGUGCCGGAGCGCGGUCUAUUCCGAGCAUUAUCACACCUGUCGAUUGAGCCGGUUCAAUCAACGUGACGGGCACAGAAUCAUCUACGACGCCGACUACGAUUACUAUGAAAAUCUCAUGCCCCUGAUGUCGAUUUAUAGAUUUUUCAGGGAAAUUGAUGAGAGUUUUUUUAGGUAUCCGCCACCUUCUGGAGGGUAUCCUUCGACUUACCCAGACGACAUGUACGGACCGCAGACCCACCCCGAUCGCACCCACUACGGAGUGGCCGGGCCACCCACCCGACCCUUGGGUUACGGCGGGUAUAAUAAUGACGGUGGGAUCGUCGGUGGUGGCUACAUAGGCGAAGGUGGCGUGUACAACUCGCGACCAUUUGGUACCAGCGGUGGUCCCAUCAUCGGUAGACCACCCCUGGUCUCCAGAUGCGACGAACAGGAUAAUUUCAGACAAGUGGGACCCCACACCAGGGUCCGGAAACCUUUCGUCAGAAGAUAUACCACGGCUUCCUCGUUGGCACAGUGCGAGAGGGAGUGUGCCGACGCCAGAGACUUCGUUUGUAGAUCGUUCAACUAUCGACCCUACGCGGCACCCUACGGCGCCGAGAGGGACAACUGCGAGCUGAGCGACCGAGACUCCAGAGACAUGGACAUGGGCAAUCCUGUUUAUUAUGACUCCGGAUCGGAUUAUGAUUUCUACGAGAGGAACAACGGCAGGCAGGGAGCAGAUGCCGAAUGCCUCGACGGUAAGCGUCGUAGGAGACCCUGGACACCAUCUACGUGGGUCACCUGGACAGACUUUUACGCGCCUGACGCAUAUUACAGUCGUUACCGAUGAUCGGGAUUUUAUGCAUUCAAGAGAACUGUAAAAAAUUAUUCAAAUCACAUUUUUUAACUGGUGUUAUAAAUAUUUUUUGUAUAAAAAUCCGCAGUCUACACUGUCACAGUCUUUGAAUUAUUGUAUUAUCUCGACCGAGCGUGGAGAA